GCAAUAACAUCUUCAUAUUGACAUGUUACAUAGUACAUUCUAGAAUCACCUAACAAUACUUUACAAUACGUCGUUGUCCAAUUUCGGCAGAGGGCGCAAGUAGGCUUUGCCGCUUGACAAUAUCUCAAUAAUCUCAAUCAAUUAAUUAGUAGUGCUCUCUAGCCAUUUCUCUUUUUUUCAUUGGAUCAUAUUUGCCGAAUAUCACCUAAACAAUCACCUAAACACUGGCAAAAGAUGGCUGUAUGCAAGGUUUGCGAGCAUCCCCUGACGCUAGAACUGGAUGACGAUGACGGCAAUCUUGAACCACAGCUGGUGCCCGACGAUCUAGAACUUACUUGCGGGUGCCAUUACCACUGGCAAUGCCUUCUCGACCAAGCUGCGGAGUUGGCCGCAUCCCUCCAGUGUCCCUCGUGUGGUACAGGACUUGUCACGAACACGGCUGGGCCUUCUUCUGGCAGUUCGUUCGUCCAAUCAGCCCCCGGCGCGGCUAUCUUGACCAGAUAUACCAAUGAAGGUGGCGUUCAGGAGAACUACGAUAUCCUGCCUGCAAUUACCGAGGAAGCUUAUUUGGAAGCUAAUUCUGAGGCUCGUCCUGCUCGUGCGUUCCAUAUCAUGUGUAGCGAGGGCGACGUAGGCGGCAUUGUAGAGCUUCUCCGUGAUGCGGCGCAAGCGCAUGGAGAAGAGCCUACGAUGAGCGUUGCAAGCCUUAUUCGCUACAAAGACCCGCUGGCAAAUUCCAAGAGUGGUUUGCACCUCGCGGUGGAAAGGGGGCAAGAGGAAGUCGUGUGGUUGCUUUUGUGGAUAGCAUCAACCCUCCCGACGGGGUCAUUCCCUGGGCAGGCCGUGCAAAUGGCGCAAGCAAUGGGGAUCCAACGACCGAGCACGUUGGCGUCAGAAGACAUCCGGGCACUUACAGAUAACCAAGGCCGGACGGCAGAGGACCUUGCAGCACAGAUGAGUGGAUUCUGGGCGAGCCUAGUAGACUCUGGCACUUUACGUCCCGGGAAUUAGCUUUGAUCAUUUCGAGAAUGGUUCUGAUUAAUACAAUGGCCACUUCGGUUAUUUGCAUGAUCCAAACCCUGUGCAUAGAUCCUGAAGUGAAGUAUCUGAUCUCGAGUGAUCGAGUGAUUGGAGGUCUUGUUAAACUCGGCGUAAUAGUUACUUGCAGCGCUGAAUUAAUAAGUGUAUUAUUUUUA